AUGUGUAAACACUGUCAGACGCUUUCCAUGGCUCCACUGCUGGGAGUUUUACCAUUUUCUUCACCCCAUUAUGUGGGCAGCUCCCAGAUGGAGAAAGAAUGCAGCCUAGACCCUGUGGGCAGGACAGAGCUGAUGCAUACGAGGGCAACAGCGUCUGCAGGGGGCGCGGGAGAAUCGGGCCUGUCCCGGGGGAGGAGGAUCGACGGAGUCGCGGAGCCCUCCCUCUCUGCUGCUUUGCUUCCUCCGGCUGGCGUCCUGCUGGAGACCCCUCUAAACACUGCACCUCAGUUUGUUUCUGAGAAUCCUGUGGAGGGCUUCACCCCAAGGUCACCAAGCCGUGCACCCUCUGUAACUGACGACUCCCGCGUUUCUUUCCGGCAGAAGGGGCAGCAGAGAAGGCCGGGAGCAGGGAACGUGCUGAUCCGAGAGGACUUCCGGGGACGGGACGAGCUCGGAGCCGCCGAGGGACACCGAGUCUGGGGGAGGCGGCGGGGCCACGAGGGCGGCCGCCCUCGGGGGCGCGCGGCCUCUUUUGGCGGCGCGGGCUGGGCAGGCGCCCCCGCGGCUCUGCUGCGCUCGGUGCGCCGCCUGCGCGAGGUGUUCGAGGUGUGCGGCCGCGACCCCGACGGCUUCCUGCGCGUGGAGCGCGUCGCGGCGCUCGGACUGCGCUUCGGCCAAGGCGAGGAGGUGGAAAAACUUGUGAAGUAUUUGGAUCCCAACGACCUGGGGAGAAUCAACUUCAAGGACUUUUGCCGAGGGGUGUUCGCCAUGAAAGGCUGUGAGGAGCUGCUGAAGGAUGUGCUGGCCGUGGAGAGCGCUGGGACACUGCCCUGCGCGCUGGAGAUCCCAGACUGCGUGGCGCAGGGCAGCGAGGUGCCAGACCCCACCUUUGCUGAUGGCGAGCUCCUCCCCAGGGAGUCCGGCUUCUUUCCUGUGGAUGAGGACGAGGCCAUGACGCUGGCCCCGCCCGAGGGCCCCCAGGAGUCGGACAUGGACGGCCCCACGGAGAGCAGCCGGAGUCUGGAGGGGCCGGUCGGGAUUGCCGCCGAGAAGGAGGCAGGGCUCGGGGGCCUGUUCCUUCCGGAGGACAAGUCCCUGGGCCACACUCCAUCCGUGACCACGUCAGACCUCUCCACACACUCCACCACCUCACUCAUCAGCAACGAGGAGCAGUUCGAAGAUUACGGGGAGGCGGAUGACGUGGACUGUGCCCCCAGCAGCCCCUGCCCCGACGACGAGACCAGGACCAAUGUCUACUCGGACCUGGGGUCGUCGGUGUCCUCCAGCGCGGGGCAGACGCCUAGGAAGAUGCGGCACGCGUACAACAGCGAAUUGCUGGAUGUUUACUGCUCUCAGUGCUGCAAGAAAAUCAACCUGCUCAAUGAUUUGGAAGCCCGACUGAAAAAUCUGAAGGCCAACAGCCCCAACCGGAAGAUCUCUAGCACAGCCUUUGGACGGCAGCUCAUGCACAGCAGCAACUUCAGCAGCAGCAAUGGCAGCACCGAGGACCUGUUCCGGGACAGCAUAGACUCUUGUGAUAACGACAUCACUGAGAAGGUGAGUUUUCUGGAAAAAAAGGUGACAGAGCUGGAGAAUGACAGUCUGACCAACGGGGACCUGAAGAGCAAGCUGAAGCAGGAGAACACACAGCUGGUGCACAGGGUGCACGAACUGGAGGAGAUGGUGAAGGAUCAGGAGACUACGGCCGAGCAGGCCCUGGGGGAGGAGGUUCGGCGCCACCGGGAGGCCUACAGCAAGCUGGAACGGGAGCGCAGCACGGAGAUCGAGCUGCUGAACACCAGGGUGCAGCAAUUAGAGGAAGAAAAUACAGAACUUAGGACGACAGUGACUCGGCUGAAGUCGCAAACAGAGAAGCUGGAUGAGGAGCGGCAGCGCAUGUCCGACCGGCUGGAGGACACCAGCCUGCGGCUCAAGGAUGAGAUGGACCUGUACAAGCGCAUGAUGGACAAGCUGCGGCAGAACCGCCUUGAGUUCCAGAAGGAGCGGGAGGCGACGCAGGAGGACUUGCGCAAGGAGCUGGAGCACCUGCAGAUGUACAAGCUGGACUGCGAGCGGCCGGGCAGGGGCCGCGGCUCGUCCUCCGGCCUGGGCGAGUUCAAUGCCAGGGCCCGAGAGGUGGAGCUGGAGCAUGAGGUCAAGCGGCUCAAGCAGGAGAAUCAUAAGCUGCGGGACCAGAACGAUGACUUGAACGGGCAGAUCUUGAGCCUCAGCCUCUACGAAGCAAAGAACCUCUUUGCCACCCAGACCAAAGCCCAGUCGCUGGCUGCGGAAAUAGACACGGCCUCUCGUGAUGAGCUCAUGGAAGCCCUAAAAGAGCAGGAGGAGAUCAACUUCCGGCUGAGGCAGUACAUGGACAAGAUUAUCCUUGCCAUCCUGGACCACAAUCCCUCCAUCCUCGAGAUCAAACACUGA